AUUCAUAAUCAAGAGUCCUGAACUAGCCAAAUAUCAGCGAAGCUCUGCGUUUGGCUUAGCCGCUUAGGUAGGGCAUCUUCCAUGGUCCUUGUCUUUUCGAUCGUCGUUUCAUCUUUCGCUGUCGUUUUAAUGGCGUUGUGGGCUUGUUCUAACGUCCUUGUACUCUGUGUUUGUCUUUGGGCCCAAUUACAACGUUGACCCAAAUAAUAAAAUAAAGGGGAGUGCCCAUUGAACCGCACGAAACUCUUAAAAGAAAAAGAAUCAAACGUAAGUGUUUAGUGCUGUAAGGUAACUCGUUGGUUGUGUCGCACUAACACACUCAACUCGCUGAGCAUGUUUGUGUUUAGUGCUUCUUCCGCCGCUGCCACCGCCCCCUCUCGCGUUCCCUGUGGGACCCUUUACACUCCUUCUGUCUCAACUAUCCAUCACUUCUCUUCCCAUCUCGUUCCCACAACUUUGGUUCGUUCAUCUUCACUUCACUUUAGGUGCGUUCCCAUCAGAGCCAUGGCUGAGACUGACACAGUAUCAGUGUCAAAAACUGCCUUUGCUUUCCCUUCUCCUGGCAGCAAGCAAGCCUUGAUAUCAUUAUCCGACAAGAAGGAUCUUGCAUUUGUUGGUAAUGGACUCCAGGAAUUAGGAUAUACUAUUGUUUCAACUGGAGGAACAGCUACUGCAUUGGAGAGUGCUGGAGUGGCUGUUACUAAAGUUGAACAGCUUACUCAGUUCCCUGAAAUGCUUGAUGGUCGUGUCAAAACUCUGCACCCUAGCAUACAUGGGGGUAUCCUUGCUCGAAGGGACCAAAAACAUCAUAUUGAAGCACUUAGUACGCAUGGAAUUGGUACUUUUGAUGUUGUGGUGGUGAACUUGUACCCAUUUUUUGAUAAAGUUACAUCAGUUGGAGGCGUUGAAUUUGAGGAUGGAAUUGAAAAUAUUGACAUUGGUGGUCCAGCAAUGAUUAGAGCUGCUGCAAAGAACCACAAGGAUGUUUUGGUAGUGGUUGAUACAGAAGAUUACCCUGCCCUUCUGGAGUUUCUUAAAGGAAACCAGGAUGAUCAAAAGUUCAGGCUAAAGCUUGCAUGGAAAGCUUUUCAGCAUGUUGCUUCCUAUGAUUCUGCAGUAUCUGAGUGGUUGUGGAAGCAGUGUGUGGGAGAUAAAUUUCCUCCUAGCUUGACAGUGCCACUUUCACUCAAAAGUUCUCUCCGUUAUGGUGAAAAUCCUCAUCAAAAAGCUGCAUUCUAUGUUGACAAAAGACUUUCUGAGGUUAACACAGGUGGAAUUGCUACUGCAAUCCAACAUCAUGGAAAGGAGAUGUCAUAUAAUAACUACUUGGAUGCUGAUGCUGCUUGGAACUGUGUAUGUGAGUUUAGGAACCCCACAUGUGUAGUAGUGAAGCAUACUAAUCCAUGUGGGGUAGCAUCACGUGAAGAUAUUCUUGAAGCCUAUAGACUAGCUGUUAAAGCUGAUCCCGUGAGUGCAUUUGGUGGAAUUGUGGCUUUUAAUGUGGAAAUUGAUGAGGCACUUGCCAAAGAAAUUCGAGAAUUUAGAAGCCCAACAGAUGGGGAGACAAGGAUGUUCUAUGAAAUAGUGGUUGCACCCAGCUAUACAGAGAAGGGACUAGAGAUUCUUCGUGGAAAGUCUAAGACUUUAAGGAUUCUUGAAGCAAAAAAGAAUGAAGCAGGAAAGCUUUCACUCAGGCAAGUUGGUGGAGGGUGGUUAGCUCAAGAUUCAGAUGACUUAACCCCACAUGACAUCACAUUCAACGUAGUCUCUGAGAAGGCUCCACAGGAUGAUGAGCUUCGUGAUGCAGAGUUUGCAUGGUUGUGUGUUAAGCAUGUCAAAAGCAAUGCUAUUGUGAUAGCUAAGAACAAGUGUAUGUUAGGAAUGGGAAGUGGGCAACCAAACCGUCGCGAGAGUUUAAGAAUAGCAAUGAGGAAAGCUGGAGAUGAUGUUAAAGGGGCAGCCUUGGCUAGUGAUGCCUUCUUCCCAUUUGCUUGGAAAGAUGCCGUGGAAGAAGCAUGUGAAAGUGGAAUUGGUAUUAUUGCAGAACCAGGCGGGAGUAUCAGAGACAAGGAUGCCGUAGACUGUUGUAAUAAGUAUGGUGUCUCACUACUCUUUACCAAUGUGAGGCACUUUAGGCACUGAUAUUUAGUUUUUGUUUUGGUGCAACUUUCUGUUUCUAUUAUCCAAGCCGUAAUGCUGAAAAUUUUUGCUUCCAAUAGGUAGCAACUUCACUUUUUAACUGAAACCUGUUUUUUGAAAUCAAGUGACUGUAUGAGUAAUGGGGUACUAUCCAAGAUAUAUAUAUAUAUAUAUAGAAAAAUAAAAUAAUGUUUUCUUACUUU